UUUUUGAUAAAAAAAUUUGAUUAUUCUCGUAAUAAAUUACAAAUUUAUUGUACUCUGGUUUAUUUCGGAUCGUUAUGUAACAGAACAAAAUAAUUACUAGUAAUCUUCCUUUUUUAUACAACCUCAACGAUCGUCUGCAAUGAAUAGUCCAAAAUACUUGGUGUGUUUCGUGUUACUCUCAAGUUUAACUUUACUCGCCGCUAAGAAAUAUCCAAAAGAAGAGGAGAAGCCGGCUUGGGCCAAGAAAGAUAUCAGAGAUUAUUCUGAAGCCGAUCUCGAACGUUUAUUAGAUCAAUGGGAGGAAGACGAAGAACCUUUAGAACCUGACGAGUUACCAGAACAUCUAAGACCUCAGCCGCAAAUUGAUCUCAAUAAUAUUAAAAACACCGAUCCCGAAGAGUUGAUGAAAUUAUCCAAAAAAGGUAGAACUUUGAUGACCUUUGUUAAAGUAUCCGGUAAACCUACGAAAGACGAAACCGAAGAAUUGACUAAAUUGUGGCAAACUAGUCUGUGGAAUAAUCACAUCCAAGCUGAAAGAUAUUUGAUCGAAGACGAUCGAGCUAUAUUUAUGUAUAAAGAUGGGUCUCAAGCUUGGACAGCUAAGGAUUAUUUAAUCGAACAAGAACGCUGUGAUACGGUAACAAUCGAUAGCAAAGUGUUCGAAGGAAAAUACAGAAAAGGUUCUCCUACUCGAUCUGAAUUAUAAUUGCGAUGAACAACGUACGAAGCAAAAUACUCUGCGUCAUCUACGUGGACGUAUUGGCGGUCAGCUUAAUUAUUCUAUUAUUUAUUAUUUAAUCAACAUCUGCAAUCGAUGGGUAUAUCGAACGUUAAAAUCGGACUCCUCGGAUCCAUCUAUUCAGCCGUUCAAUUUAAGCAUAAUUAUACUUUGGGCGAUGUGUUUGGAUCUAUUUCUACUCAAGUGUUUGGCUGUAUUUGCUAUGUUUUCUUUCUGUCUUAAUUGCCAUGCUGCUAUGACGACUCGAUUUCAGACUAGUGGUCUAUUGAAGAAGUAUUUGUACGAUAGAAGUGAGGAGAAUCUCUUUCUCAAGUUGAUGAGGUGUCCGUCAGUUACGUAUUAUUCUUUAUAGCAUUAUUUGUGAUAUUUUUCAUUUUGUUUGUACGUUUAUGUAAUGUAUAAUUAUGUACGAUUUGUAAAUAUACAUAAUUAUUUAAUUUGAUAUCUUGCGGUAGUAGUGAGGAGAAUCUCUUUCUCAAGUUUAUGAGGAGUCCGUCAAUUACGUAUUAUUCUUUAUAGCAUUAUUUGUGAUAUUUUUUAUUUUGUUUGUAUGUUUAUGUAAUGUUUGUAUGUACGAUUUGUAAAUAUAAUUGAAUUUGAUAUCUUGU